GUCCAAUAAGAGUUUAAAAGGAAACUAAUCGCCGCUAUUCAAUCAGGGACGCGCGGUCGCCCAUUUUUCGACGCCUUGGACCGAAAAACAAACGAAGCAACCAAACUAGCGGCUUUGGCAUGGACCUUUUGACCAAUAGAGCGGGGCGAGGUUUCCAGAGAAAAGCUGGUGACAUCUGCUGCCAUGGCAACACCAUUGUGUUCCCUCCUCCCAAGCGCCCCCCUCGCCUCGCCUUGCCGCGCCUCGCCUCGCCUCGCCAUCCAUCCAGCCAGCCACCGACCGCGUUCUUACCGCCCCCUGCUCCACCUUCUGCUUGUGCGCUUUGUCCGCGUUGUCUUUGCAGACUUUGACACGAGACGGCCGGGUGUGUUUUUCGCUGACUGGCCAGGGGGGUGCGGCUUGGUGCGGAUAUCAAGAAAACAAACAAACAAACAAACACAAAAAAACGGAACUCCCCCCUCCCCGUUUUGGUUGGGGCGCUCAGAAAUGAGUGAGGACUACCACUACAGACUGGAUCCCUGCGAUCGCCUCAAUGGCUUGGGGCAGAGGAGGAAGAGACCUAAGAAGUCCGACAGCAACACCAGUUUCCUGCGCGCGGCCAGGGCCGGCAACAUCGACAAGGUGUUGGAGUAUCUGAAAGGCGGCGUGGACAUCAACACCAGCAAUCAGAACGGACUCAACGCACUGCACCUGGCAGCUAAGGAGGGUCACGUGGCGCUUGUCGAGGAGCUGCUGGAAGGGGGAGUUGCCUUGAACUCUGCAACCAAGAAAGGAAACACGGCUCUGCACAUCUCCGCUCUGGCCGGGCAGGCCGAGGUGGUGAAAGUACUGGUCAAGCGAGGUGCUGACAUCAACGGCCAGUCUCAGAAUGGAUUCACUCCGCUCUACAUGGCCGCGCAGGAGAACCACCUGGACGUGGUGCGGUACCUCCUGGAGAACGGAGGCAACCAGAGUGCCGCCACAGAGGACGGCUUCACUCCUCUGGCCAUCGCCCUCCAGCAAGGCCACGAGCGGGUGGUGUCCGUCUUGCUGGAGAACGACACCAAGGGCAAAGUGCGCUUGCCCGCCCUGCACAUCGCGGCCCGCAAGGACGACACCAAAUCGGCGGCCUUGCUGCUCCAGAGUGACCACAACGCCGACGUCCGCUCCAAGAUGAUGGUCAAUAGAAGCACCGAGAGCGGAUUCACGCCGCUGCACAUCGCCGCCCACUACGGCAACGUCAACGUGGCCACGCUCCUGCUCAACCGAGGGGCGGCCGUGGACUUCCUCGCCAGGAACGCCAUCACCCCCCUUCACGUGGCGUCCAAGCGCGGCAACGGCGCCAUGGUGUGCCUGCUUCUGGAUCGCGGCUCUCAGAUAGAUGCCAAAACCAGGGACGGCCUCACCCCGCUCCACUGCGCCGCCCGGAGUGGCCAUGACUCCGCCGUUGAGCUCCUCCUGGAGCGGGGAGCGCCUCUACUCGCCAGGACAAAGAACGGGCUGUCUCCCCUCCACAUGGCGGCCCAAGGCGAUCAUGUGGACUGCGUCAAACAGCUCCUGCGGCACAGUGCGCCCAUCGGCGACGUGACUUUGGACUACCUGACGGCUCUUCACGUGGCGGCCCAUUGCGGCCACUUCCGGGUCACCCAGCUGCUGUUGGAGCGGCGGGCCGACCCUGAUGCCCGGGCACUGAACGGCUUCACCCCGCUGCACAUCGCUUGUAAGAAGAACCGAGUCAAAGUCAUGGAGUUGCUGGUCAAAUACGGAGCCUCGGUCCAGGCCGUCACCGAGUCUGGCUUGACGCCCGUCCACGUGGCGGCCUUCAUGGGUCACCUCAACAUCGUCCUGCUGCUGCUGCAAAACGGGGCGUCCCCGGACAGGAGCAACAUUCGCGGCGAGACCUCCCUGCACAUGGCGGUCCGGGCCGGCCAGGUGGAGGUGGUUCGUUGUCUGCUGAGGAACGGAGCCACGGUGGACGCCAGGGCCCGGGAGGAGCAGACCCCGCUUCACAUUGCCGCCCGACUGGGCAAAAGCGAGAUCGUCCAGCUGCUGCUGCAACACAUGGCCCACCCGGACACGGCCACGGCCAACGGCUACACGGCCCUUCACAUCGCCGCCAAGGAGGACCAGCCGGAGAUCGCCUCGGUGCUCCUGGAGGCCGGGGCCGAGCGCUCGCUGCCCACAAAGAAAGGAUUUACUCCCCUUCACGUCGCCUCAAAGUACGGGAGCCGAGAUGUGGCCAAACUUCUGUUGCAGCGUGGCGCGCUGCCCGAUUCCGUGGGGAAGAAUGGCCUGACACCCCUCCACGUUGCCACACAUUACGAUAAUCAGAAGGUGGCGCUUCUGCUUCUGGACAAAGGCGCGUCCCCCCACGCCGUGGCCAAGAACGGCUACACCCCUCUCCACAUCGCGGCCAAGAAGAACCAAGUGGAGACGGCCCGCGCACUGCUGGCCUGCGGAGCCCAAAGCCACCUGCUGAGCAAACAGGGCGUCACGCCGCUCCAUUUGGCUUCGGAGGAGGGCCACGCCGACAUGGCCGCCCUGCUCCUGAAUCACGGAGCUCGGGUCAACGCCGGCACCAAGAGCGGCCUGAGCGCCCUUCAUUUGGCAGCGCAGGACGACAGGCUCGCCGCCGCCCAGAUUCUGGCCACCAAUGGCGCCGACCUGGACCAGCAGACCAAACUGGGCUACACGCCGCUCAUGGUGGCGUGCCACUAUGGAAACAGCAAGGUGGUCACCUUCCUUCUUCAAAACGGCGCCAGCGUGACCGUGGAGACCAAGAAUGGCUACGGCCCUCUUCACCAGGCGGCCCAGCAGGGCAACACGCACAUCAUCGACAUCCUCCUGCAGCACGGGGCCAAGCCCAACGCUGUCACCGCGAACGGCAACACGGCCCUCGGAAUAGCGCGGCGCCUGGGCUACAUCUCGGUUGUGGACACGCUGAAGGUGGUCACGGAGGAGAUGGUCACCACCACCACCACGACGGUGAUGGAGAAACACAAGCUGAAUGUUCCGGAAACAAUGACGGAAGUACUGGAUGUGUCGGACGAAGAAGGCGACGACACCAUAACGGGCGACGGAGGGGACUAUCUCAGGGCCGAGGACCUCCGGGAGCUCGGGGACGACUCGCUCCCGGGACAGUAUCCGGAUCACGCAAACUACUUUGGCGACGAAGGAGCGCACGCCGGCAGUUGGGAAAGGUCUUUCACGCUCCAAAGCUACCAGCAGAAACUUGAAAGCGUGACGGACGAAAGGCUCACCUGUCAGACAUGGUGGCUUUCGAGGGGAAAGGUGCAAAACUCCUACCGGCUGAGUUGGGGCGCAGAGAAUCUGGACAACCUUGCUCCACAUUCUGGGCCCGGGUCUCCUUGCCGCGACGGCGCGGCGGAUCUCAGCAGCUUCCUGGUUAGCUUCAUGGUGGACGCCAGGGGCGGGUCCAUGCGGGGUUGCCGCUACCACGGCCUGCGCGUGCUCAUCCCGCCGGGGACGUGCGGCGCGCCCACACGUGUGACCUGCAGGCUGGUAAAACGGCAGCGCCUCGCCCAAGGCCCGGCUCUGGCCGCCAGGCGAGGCACUGAGCUUGCGGUGUCUGGAGGCCAGCUGCUCGGGAAGCUCCACCUCCCCAGUGCCCCGCCCCCUCUUAACGAGGGCGAGAGUUUGGUGAGCAGAAUGGUGCAGCUUGGCCCGCCGGGGACCACUUUCCUGGGUCCCGUUGUGGUGGAGGUGCCCCACUUUGCCGCUCUGCGCGGUGGCGAGCGUGAGCUGGUCAUCCUGAGGAGUGAAACGGGAGAGAGCUGGAAGGAGCAUCACUGCGAGCACACCCAAGAAGAGCUCAAGCAGAUCCUCAACACGGCGGACGAUGAAGAGCCGGACUCUGGGGAGGAGGUGCAGAAGAAGCGCAUUUGCCGCAUCAUCGCCAGGGAUCUCCCGCAAUUCUUUGCGGUGGUGUCGCGGGUCAGGCAAGACGCUGCUCUGAUUGGUCCGGAAGGAGGCGUCCUGAGCAGCACGGUGGUGCCCCAAGUGCAAGCGCGUUUUCCUGAGGGGGCCUUGACCAAAAAGAUCAGGGUGGGCCUGCAGGCCCAGCCGGUGAGUUUGGACCUGGUCAGGAGGGCUCUGGGGAACAGGUCCAGCUUCAGCCCCGUGGUCACUUUGGAGCCCCGGCGCAGGAAAUUCCACAAAGCCAUCACCGUGACCAUCCCGGUGCCCAAAGGCAACGCCUCGCCGCUCCCCGCCGCUUCCUCCCGCUCCGCCCCGACCUUACGGCUGCUCUGCAGCAUCACGGGCGGAACCACGCCGGCCCAGUGGGAAGACAUCACCGGCACCACUCCCUUAACGUUUACCAGCGACCGCGUGUCCUUCACCACAAACGUUUCCGCCAGGUUUUGGCUCAUAGACUGCCGGCAAGUCCACGAGUCGGUCAACUUCUCCUCUCGGGUGUACCGGGAGCUGAUCUGCGUGCCGUACAUGGCCAAGUUUGUCAUCUUGGCCAAAAGCUACCACGAGCCCAGCGAGGGCCACCUGCGCUGCCUCUGCGUGACCGACGACAAACUGGACAAAACGCCGGAGCAGCGAGACGACUUCGCCGAGGUGGCCCGCAGUCGAGAUGUGGAGGUUCUGGAGGGAAGGCCCAUCUAUGCGGACUGCUGUGGAAACUUUGUCCCCCUGGCCAAAAGUGGACAGCAUCAUCUCUUCAGCUUUUUUGCCUUCAAGGAGAACCGGCUGGCGCUUUCCAUCAAAAUCCGAGACGACGCCCGAGAGCCGUGCGGCCGCUUGUGCUUUCUCAAGGAGCCCCCCCGGAGUUAUGGCGCCGCGCUGGGCCAUGACGCCGUGUGCAACCUCAACGUGGCCUUGCCGUCUUUCCGCAAGGAGUCUGAUUCUGAUCCAGAAGAAGAGAUGGACAACGCGAGGCGAGAGCAACGCGAAGAGACAGCAGCGGCGCUUUCCAAAGCGGAGCUGACGCGGGAAGCGGACCUCCUGUCGGACGUGUCGGAGAUGAAAGGAGAUUUGAUGAAAAUGACGGCCAUUUUGACCGCCCGUCCCUCAGAGGAACGGCGCCCCGCCUUGGGAGGCCGCACCUCUCAGGAAGGCCUGCCUGAUCUUUCCAGAGUACCUUUAGAAAUCAUGGAGAAGGACCUGGAGAAAGUCAAAGAAGACCUGGAGAAAGUCAGUCAAAUACUAAGGAGCGGGACAUACCGCCAGGCAAGUAGGGAGCCUGAGCUCCUCCUCCUCUCUGAGGCGGCGAUAGGAGAGGCUGCCGAGCGGCCGGCUCACGGGGGCGCCGAUGCAUCCGCAGAAGACACCGGCGAGUCACGCCUGGCCGCAUCGAGAGCAAAAGACGGGCGAGGAGCUAACCGCUUGCCCGUUGGCUCGGUCAAAGACAAAGUCAAAUCCUUACAGCAGAGAGCGGGCGCAGCAGAGCAAAGCGGCAACGGUGGUGAGCCCUCGCCGCCGUUGCGUGGCACCGCCAAAACGCCUCCGGCGCUCAAAGACGGCCACCCGCGCACCGCCGCACCCCCGGCCGGGUCGGGAAAACACCGGGACAGCCUCUCAGUCAAAGAGUUGAUGCGAGCCUUUCAAAAAGAGCCUUCGCCAACACCGUCGGGCUUGUACGGAAGACCGCCGACGAGCCCGUGGACGACGUCCGUCCCUCUCGAUUCUAAGACGGCUCCGCUCGACGAGGUGGAUAGAAAGAAGAGCGCCGCAGAAGGUGACGGUGAAGACCGAGGUGCCCCCGCAAACUGGGUGACGAGUGGCAGUUCUGAUGACACAAGCCCCCAAAGUCUGCGCCUUGACCAACAAACACAGCCGCCCGGCGCGGUGCGUGAAAAGCCGAGUACGCGCCACGGAGAAGAGCGCGCGAGUCCAACAAUUGAGCCGCCGUCCAGCCAUUUGACCGCGGCUCCGCCUUUCGGCGAGGCUGACGCGAGGAGCGGGCCCAACUCUUUGAAAUCUGGCGCCACACCCGAGGACCUUUCAGAGAGCGCUCGGCAGCUCGGCGGCAGUGGCCAUUUGCAGUCAGGGUUGCCUUCAGCCCGCUCGCAAACGUCUAUUGACGAGCAGCGCGCCAGCUUGCGCUUGCCCACCACGCAAGAUUGCCGUCCUCUCAGUCCGUCAUCGGCUGACGGCGACUCUUUGACAAUAAGCCACAGAGACUCGCUGGAGGGCAGUCCUGUUUUGGACCGGAACUCCUCCUCCCUUCAGUCCCCAGAUUCCAUCGAAGCCAGCCCUUGCGAGGAGGAGGAGGAGGAGGAGGAAUGGCCUCUUCGCGACUCCUUAGAGAGCAGCCCCGUUGAGCGGCCGGCGUUGCCCCUCAUGGGAGACCAUCCCGCCGGUCAAUCCGAACCCUCCCACCGAGCAUUUGGGCAUUUCCCGCAGCCGCAGGCCCGCGCCGACCGGGACCGGGUUCACACAAGUUCCGCCGCUGCGCACCACCGGUCCCAGGCAAAGGAUGUCCGCCAAACAACGGCUCCAAUCGGUCCGGAGGAAGCCUACACAAACUCCUCAAAAGUCCAAAAGCCCGCCGCCGUGCCGCCGCCGCCUCUGCCGCCUCCGCCGCCGCUGCCGCUGCCUGUUGCUGCCGCCACGGACGACGGACCUUCCGCAAGGUUGAAUGCGGCAAAUAGAAGCCAUGAGCAAAAGGCGGUCAAGUCGGGAGAAACUGCCCCGUUUCCACCUAACGUAACCGACCGAGCCGAAGCGGCGCCAGAGGUUCCGACGAGUCAAACGAGCAAACCCCCCGAGUUCUGUAUCUACGACCACGCGGAAGAGGAGGAACUUGACUGUCCCAGAACUGAGUCCAAAGGCGUCACUGCCAAGACGGAGUGCUGUGCUUUUGGCAAAGUGGAGGAAGUGGAGAUACUCGAUCUGGCGGUGCCGGCGGCGGCAGCGGGCUCCCCGUCUCUGGCGGCAGCGGGCUCCCCGUAUCUGGUGGCAGCGGGCUCCCCGUCUCUGGCGGCAGCGGGCUCCCCGUCUCUGGCGGCAGCGGGCUCCCCGUCUCUGGCGGCAGCGGGCUCCCCGUCUCUGGCGGCAGCGGGCUCCUCGUCUCGGCCAGGGACAGCCGACACCACACCGGAGGAGAAAACACCAACCGAGGGCAGCACGCCGACGAGUGAACCCAACCCGUUUCUCUUCCAGGAAGGGAAACUUUUUGAAAUGACCCGAAGCGGCGCUAUCGACAUGACCAAGAGGAGCUGCCAGGAGGACGGGGGCGCUUUUGCUUUUUUCCAAAUUGCCCAACAUGCCCUCGAGGGGCCCGUAUCGGGGAACGGCGGGCGAGAAGGCGAGGCGCCGGCCGGCUGGCGUGACGUCGGCCUCAACCUAAAAGUAGAGCUCAAGGCCGAGGAGCGCUCCGAACAAAGUCCCGAUUGGCAGCUUCCGUCGAUAACUGAGCUCGAUCACACGUCUGCCAAAUUGAAAAUCCCCAAAAUGGGCCUUUCCACUUGUUGGGCCAAAGAUCACCGCGACCCGGAAAGCCUCGAGGCUCCGGCACAUCACGGUGACUCCUCCUGUUUGGAUCCGGGCUCUACUGGUCAUGCGACCGUCAAUGCAGAGACGGCAGAAUCCGCUCUUACCAGGUCGGAGCGAGGAACAGAGUCAUCCCACUCUUCUCGGCAAGACUCAAAGUCAGCCGCAGAGCCCCCCGAUUCGUGUGGAGUCCCUCUGAAAAGCCCGUCCGAGCCAGCCCGGCGAGUUCAAAAGCAAACGCCGGCAGGCGGCGCCACCGCCGCCGCCUCCAAAUCGCGCAUCCCCAUCAAGUCAAAGUCUCCUGAGGCAGAUUCUUUGCUCAGAUCUGCUCAAGAUAAAAGGAGCAGAGGGCCAACAAACGGAACUGCUGCGCCGUCCCAAGGGACUUUGGUCAAGGCUAAGACAUCCGCCGGCACUGCCUGGACCGGGCCCGAGUCGAAAGCAAAAGCCUUCCGCUCGAGACUACCCGUCAAAGGGAAAGGCGGCCCGUCUUGCAAAGACGCCGGCGAGGCGCGCCGGCAUUCUGAGCCAUCUUUGGUGGAGGUUGCCGAGCGGCCCGAGGAAGACCGUCGCCGCCGCCGGGACCAAAGCGCCACGGAAAGGCACGCCUCGGGCUCCGGGAGGCGCCGGCGCAGCUGUGCUGGCGAGACGCAAGCGCGACCAAGCCCCGGCGCUGCAGACGGCGCAUUUGUGGAGAAAGAGAGCGAGAGCCACCGCACGGACACGGUGGACACGACGGAGAGCGGAGCCGGUGCCUCGGCGGCAUCACCGGAGCCCAAAGGGCACAAUGAGAUGGAGGCCACACGUGGCGGGGCGGCCGAAUCGACGCGCUCGGAACAGGCGGUGGCGGCGGGCGCUCUUACGCCGAGGCUUCCCCGACCGACGACGCACGCUGGAGUGCCCCAUCAGAAGCCAGGCGCGUAAAGUCCAGCAGUCGAGCGAUGGCCAUGCAAAAAGCAACUGCCGCCGCCGAAGACCGGGUGGACGAUGGAGCUGAGCAGCUGCGUAACCUUGUCUUUUCUUUGCCGUCUUCAUUCCGAUUGAUGGACUCUUCAUUCUCACCAUUGGCGGCAUUUUCACGCUUCCUUUCUUUUCGGGGGGUGGGGAGGAUCUAUCUAUCAUCCAUCCAUCCGUGGCCAAAGAGCGCAUCCCUGUUGCCCCGAUGUGGCCGACGGACGGACAGACGAACGGUUCAGGAGAUGCACCUUUAUUCAUUUCCAGCUACUGUGUAUGGCGACUACUCCGUGUGAGAAUGAGCGAGAGUGUAUGACAGAGAAUUUGUUGAGGUGUGUGUGGGUGUGUGUGUGUGUGCCGUGCAGCUUGCCCAAUGUCUUUGUUUGACGAUUGUGUUUGCAAAUAAAUUCCCGACUAGGUU